GAAAACAUCGAUGAACACUAUGAUACAAGGUGGUAAAAAAGAAUUUCGAUGGGAAUCAGGUUACGAGAAAACAUGGAGUGCUAUACGGGAAGAUGAGUCAGGACGUUUAGUUACAACGCUAGAACAAUUAGUACAUGAUGCACAUGCACAAAUACGAAAAAGGCGUAAACGAAUCGGUGUUGGAUCUUUAGGAUUUGUACGUUUAGGAAUGAUGAGACAUUUGUUUCUUAUUGUGGAUCUGUCCCAAGCAAUGAAUGAACAAGAUUUGAAACCGAAUCGCUUAAUUUGUACAAUUAAGGCUGCUUGUGCAUUUGUUCGAGAUUAUUUUGAUCAGAAUCCUAUCAGUCAGUUAGGUAUUAUAGUAACAUCGGAUAGGAAAGCUGAACGGUUAACUGAACUAUCAGGUAAUCCAAGACCACAUCUUGCCGCUUUACAAUCGCUCUAUACACGUACAUGUAUUGGUGAACCAAGUCUUCAGAAUGCUUUAUUAUUAGCUGAAUCAAGAUUAAAGUAUACAAUUCAUCACAAUGAAAUUGUAGUAUUGAUAGCCAGCUUAACUACAUGUGAUCCUGGUGAUAUACAUCAAACAAUUAAAAGUUUAUCAUCUAAUAAUAUACGCUGCUCUGUUAUAUCAUUAGCCGUAGAAGUAUUUGUUUAUCGUGCUCUUGCACAACUUACUCAAGGAACAUUUCAUGUUAUCAUGGAUGAAGUACAUCUAAGGAGUAUUUUAAAAGAUUUAGUUCCUCCUCCAGUGGCCGCUGUUGAAACUGAUGCCAAUCUUAUUCGAAUGGGAUUCCCGCAUUCAGAAACCUUUGAUCUUGAUCGGUUUGCUAUUAAACGUUGUAUGUGUCACCUGUCCAGUAAAUCACUUGUUGAGAAAAAUGACACACAACCACACUAUGCUUGUCCUCGAUGUCAUGCUGCCUAUUGUGAAUUGCCUGUCGAGUGUAAUGUCUGUGGUCUGACACUUGUUGCUGCACCCCAUUUAGCUCGCGCUUAUCAUCAUCUGUUCCCAUUAGAUGUGUUUGAAAUAGUGAGCCCAAGUGAAAAACUACAAGAAAGUGAUAAAAACUUGAAAGAGGCAGAUUCGACUAAUAUUAAUAAACGAGUGUGCACAGCAUGUGAUGUAAUUAUACCAUCUAAAGUUCCUGCCUACAAAUGUCCUAAAUGUCAGUAUACAUUCUGUCAUUCAUGUGACGCUAUUCUACACGAUUCUAUCCAUUCAUGUCCCGGUUGCUUAACUCAACUAAAUAGUGGAGAAGCUUUUAAGACGUUGACAACUUCUGAUAAGGAAUCAAUUAACUAGCCAAAUGCAUUUAUCAGUGCACACGUAUAUUGUGUUUGUAUUCUUUUAAAACAUUCUACCCUUUACUUCAUUAGAUAUUUCAUAUUAUAAGACCGAUGUUUUCUAUAAUGACACAAAAUACAAUAUCAGUUGAUGUAUGACUUUUUUAUUGCAAU